GCCGGCAGCCAUGUCAAUCAACGCCUCUGCCGCGUCCGAGAAAGGACGAGCAUCUCUACCCAUUCGGGUCUCAAGGACAAGCGACUCAACCUCGUUCUCUGUGAGCAGAUCUGUGGAUCGCGGCAUGUCGGGGGACAUGGAGGAAGAAGGAACAACUGCUGAGUUACAGAAAAAUAAGAUACAGGACUCCGUAGUCUUUGAGGAUGUGGCUGUGGACUUUACCCAGGAGGAGUGGGCUUUGCUGGAUCUUGCUCAGAGGAACCUCUACAGAGAUGUGAUGCUGGAAAACUUCCAGAACUUGGCCUCACUAGGUUUUGAGACUCAACUUAAAACUAAUGAAUCGGUUGCCCCACCAGAUAUUUGUGGAGAGGAAAUAUCCAAUGAACAGAAAAUAGUAAGAUUCAAAAGGAAUGAUUCCUGGUUCUCCAGUUCACAUGAAAACCAGGAAUCCUGUGGUAUUGAUUAUCAGAACAAAAGCCAAGAGAGGCAUUUGAGAAAUCCUAUGGUAGAGAACAUCUAUGAAUGUAGUGAAGAAAAUCAACAUGGACAGACCUUCAGCCAAGUUCCAAAUCUUGAUUCAGUCAAGAGAACGACUGAAGUAAAAUCCUGUGAAUGCCACGAGUGUGGAAAGGUCUUCAUGGAUCAUUCGUCCCUUAAGAAUCACAUCAGGUCUCAUACUGGAAGCAAACCCUAUGAGUGCAAGGAAUGUGGGAAGGCCUUCCAAUUUCUUGCUUGUUUUAAGAAGCAUAUGAAAACCCCCACUGAAGAGAAGCCCUAUGAAUGUAAGGAAUGUACCAAAGCCUUCAGUUGUUCCUCAUUCUUUAGGACACAUAUGAAGCUUCACAUGGGAAAAACGAACUAUGAAUGUAAGGAAUGUGGAAAAGCUUUCAGUUGUUCCUCAUCGCUUACAGAACACAAAAGGAUUCAUAGUGGAGAUAAGCCUUAUGAAUGUAAGGAAUGUGGGAAGGCCUUCAGUUGUUCCUCCUCACUCUCCAAACACAAAAGGAUUCAUAGCGGAGAUAAGCCAUAUGAAUGUAAGGAAUGUGGGAAGGCCUUCAGUUCUUCCUCUCACCUUAUAAUACAUAUAAGAAUUCACACUGGAGAGAAGCCGUAUGAAUGUAAAGAGUGUGGGAAGGCCUUCAGCGAGUCCUCAAAACUCACUGUACACGUGAGGACACAUACUGGAGAGAAACCCUACAAGUGUAAGGAAUGUGGGAAAGCCUACAAUUGUCCCUCCUCCUUGAGUAUCCAUAUGAGAAAACACACUGGAGAAAAACCCUAUGAAUGUCUGGAAUGUGGAAAGGCCUUCUAUCUUCCCACUUCCCUUAAUACACAUGUGAAAAAUCAAAGUCGAGAGAAGCCCUACGAAUGUAAGGAAUGUGGGAAGGCCUUUAGUUGUCCCUCAUCCUUUAGGGCACAUGUGAGAGAUCACACUGGAAAGAUACAGUAUGAAUGUAAGGAGUGUGGGAAGACCUUUAGUCGUUCCUCGUCCCUCACCGAACACUUAAGAACUCACAGUGGAGAGAAGCCGUAUGAAUGUAAGGAAUGUGGGAAAGCCUUCAUUAGUUCCUCCCACCUUACAGUACAUAUCAGAACUCACACUGGAGAGAAACCUUAUGAAUGUAAGAAAUGUGGGAAAGCCUUUAUUUAUCCCUCAGCCCUUAGGAUCCACAUGAGAACGCACACUGGGGAAAAGCCCUAUGAAUGUAAGGAAUGUGGGAAAGCAUUUCGUCAUUCUUCAUACCUUACUGUACACGCAAGAAUGCACACUGGAGAGAAACCCUUUGAAUGUCUGGAAUGUGGGAAAGCCUUCAGUUGUCCCUCAUCCUUUCGAAGACACGUGAGAAGCCACACUGGAGAGAAACCCUAUGAAUGUAAGGAAUGUGGGAAAGCCUUUGUUUGUCCUGCCUACUUUCGAAGACAUGUGAAAACUCACACUAGAGAAAACAUUCUAAUGUAAGGAAUAUGGGAAUGUCUGCAGAGCUUCAGAUCCUAGGCAACUUGUGAGGUCUUAUACUGUGGAGACACCCUAUGAAUGUUAGAAAGUAGGAAAUUGUUGCUUAUCAUUUUGAGGACACCUU